AUGGCAACAUGUAAAACACUCCUCCGGGUCUGCCCGUCGACCGUCCAGUCUGCGACCCUCCUGCCACGGACCCAACAACGCUUCGAAUCCACAACCCGACGACACAGAAAACUACUCGCGCUCCCCGCCGCACCAUCCUACACACCAGACACUUCCUCUCCAACCCUGAUAUUCAAUCCGCCCUCUUCGGCGCCCAGCGUCCACCACACGCCGCUAAAAUUCCUGCCCCCAACCGACAAGCGCCGCAACCUCUACGCCAACACGCACAACCAACUCGCCCGCACCGCCCUCUCCACCCGCACCUCGCCCAUUGCCUCCCCCGGCACCCCCCUCUCAGCCCCCAGCCACUUGCCGCCCAAACCCUCCUCCGCCCUCCCACGUCCAGUACGGACACCGUACGCAAAGCAAUACCACCUCACCGAGCAGCAAGUCCGGGAGAUGCGUGCCCUGCGCGCCCAAGACCCGGAUACGUGGACGCGGGUGAAGCUGGCGGACAAGUUUGGGUGCAGUCAGUUUUUCGUGGGGCUGGUGGCCAAGAAUGCGGCCAAGGCGGAGAGGGUGAGGCAGGAGCAUGAGGAGAGUAGGGCGAAGUGGGGGGUUAGGAGGAGGGAGGCGAGGGAGGAAAGGGGACGGAGGAAGGCGGGGUGGGGGAGGGAUGAGUAG